GUGCGGCGGGCGGCGCGCCCUGCACCCUGCUCGGCGGCUGCUCCUCUCGGGCCGGGAUAAGCCAUGGGGCGGCCGGCGAUGCGAUGAACCCGGGCGGGAACCGGACCGGGGCUAACGCCGCGAAAAGGCAGCGGGGCUCCUCCAUGGGGGCUCGGCAGCAGUAGGAGCGGCGUCUCCUUCGGGGCGCCCAUCCGCCACCUUCCCCUCCCCCUCGGGCCUCCUGAGGAGGAUGGCGACGGCGGCCGCCCCGACCCAGCUCGAAGCCGAGCUCUAUUACCUGAUCGCCCGGUUCCUGCAGUCCGGACCCUGCAAGAAAUCAGCUCAGGUGCUGGUGGAGGAGCUGGAGGAGCACCAGCUGAUUCCCCGGCGCCUGGACUGGCAGGGCAAGGAGCACCGCCGGAGUUUCGAGGACCUGGUGGCUGUCAAUGCACACAUCCCUCCGGAUUAUCUUCUUAGGAUCUGUGAGAGACUUGGACCCCUUUUGGACAAGGAAAUCCCACAGAGUGUCCUGGGGGUGCAGACCUUGCUAGGUGUUGGGCGCCAGUCUCUGUUAAGGGCAGCAAAAGAUUUCAGACACACACUAUGGAAAGGAUCUGCAUUUGCAGCUCUGCACAGGGGCCGGCCCCCAGAACUCCCUGUCAAUUAUGGGAAACCACCAAAUGUGGUAAAUAUAAUUUCUGCCAGACAAUUAACUGGAUGUGGACGUUUCAGCCACUUGUUCCCAACAUCCACCUACCAACACAUGAAGAUGCACAAGAGGAUUUUGGGGCAUCUCUCAUCUGUUUAUUGCAUUGCCUUUGAUCGCAGCGGGAGGAGAAUUUUUACAGGGUCAGAUGAUUGUUUGGUCAAAAUCUGGGCUACAGAUGAUGGGCGCCUGCUCUCCACCCUGCGGGGUCACUCAGCUGAGAUCUCAGACAUGGCUGUGAACUACGAGAACACUCUGCUUGCUGCAGGCAGCUGUGACAAAGUCGUCCGAGUCUGGUGUCUUCGAACCUGUGCCCCAGUGGCAGUGCUACAGGGCCAUUCUGCUUCCAUUACUUCCAUACAGUUCUCUCCAGCAAGGAAAGGAACAACGCGAUACCUCACUUCUACUGGUGCUGAUGGAACAAUCUGUUUCUGGCAGUGGCAUGCUAACACCAUGAAAUUUAAGGAUCGCCCUGUCAAAUUUGCAGAGAGGUCCAGGCCUGGUGUUCAGAUCUCUUGUUCAUCUUUCAGUUCUGGUGGCAUGUUCAUUGCAACAGGUAGUACUGACCACGUGAUCAGAAUUUAUUAUUUGGGCUCUGAAUCUCCAGAGAAAAUGGCUGAGCUGGAAUCUCAUACGGACAAAGUGGUUGCAGUCCAGUUCUGUAACAAUGGUGACAGCUUAAGGUUUGUCAGUGGAAGCAGAGAUGGAACAGCAAGAAUAUGGCACUAUCAGCAGCAGGACUGGAAGAGUGUAGUCCUGGAUAUGGCUACCAAAAUGACAGGAAACAAUGUAGCAUCUGGGGAGGACAAGGUGACUAAGCUGAAGGUGACUAUGGUGGCUUGGGAUAGAUACGAUGCCACUGUCAUCACUGCAGUCAACAAUUUCCUUCUCAAAGUGUGGAACUCAUCUACAGGGCAGCUUCUCCAUAGCUUAUCUGGUCAUGAUGAUGAAGUUUUUGUUCUGGAGGCCCAUCCAUUUGACCAAAGGAUUGUACUCUCAGCAGGUCAUGAUGGAAAUAUUUUUGUUUGGGAUAUAGACAAAGGAACAAAAAUUCGCAAUUACUUCAACAUGAUUGAGGGCCAAGGCCAUGGAGCUGUUUUUGAUUGCAAGUUCUCCCCAGAUGGACAGCAUUUUGCCUGCACAGACUCUCAUGGACAUCUGCUACUAUUUGGGUUUGGAUGCAAUAAAUAUUAUGAAAAGAUUCCAGAUCAGAUGUUCUUCCAUACGGAUUACAGACCACUGAUCCGUGAUGCAAACAACUAUGUGCUGGAUGAGCAGACCCAACAGGCUCCUCAUCUUAUGCCUCCACCAUUCCUGGUGGAUGUGGAUGGAAAUCCUCAUCCCACAAGAUUCCAGCGGCUGGUACCAGGGAGGGAAAAUUGCAAGGAUGAACAACUUAUUCCUCAGCUGGGCUAUGUAGCUAAUGGUGAUGGUGAAGUUGUUGAACAAGUCAUUGGGCAGCAAACUAAUGACCAGGAUGAGAGUAUCCUUGAUGGAAUGAUCAGAGAGCUACAGAGGGAACAAGACCUGAGACUAAUUAAUGAAGGAGAAACUCUUCCAAACCCUCCACCCAAUAGAUCCCACUCUGUUAAUGGAGGUCUUCGAAGCCCAGGGUUGGAUGUCACAUCUCCUCCCAACGUUGGUCUCCGGAGGAGCGGUCAGAUCGAGGGGGUCCGGCAGAUGCACCACAAUGCUCCCCGAAGCCAAAUGGCCACAGAGAGAGAUCUCAUGGCAUGGAGCAGGAGAGUGGUUGUGAAUGAGCUUCCUCCAGGCAUCAGCAAGGUCCAGGAAGAAUGUCGAGCUGCCAAAGGUGAAAUUGAAAUUAGUUUGUACACUGUUGAAAAGAAGAGAAAGCCAUCCCACACCUUGCAGAGGAAUGAUUACCAGCCAGGAGGGGGGAGGUCUCUGAGGAGGAACCAACGCAAGCGGCAGCACGCCUACCAAACCCGCUCCACCAUCGAGCACAACCAGCAGGGAGCAAAUCAGAAUGCACGGGCACGGGAGGAGUCAGAGAGCUCUUCAGAGGAAGAUGAGACUGUUGGCACAAGUGAUGCAUCUCUGGAUGAUCCUGUGGCAGCGUGGCAAAGUGAAAGCAGCUCCAGUGAUUCAUCAAGUGAAUAUUCUGACUGGACAGCAGAUGCUGGAAUUAAUCUCCAGCCUCCAAAGAGACAAACCAGGCAGGCAGCUCGGAAAAUCUGUAGUAGUUCUGAAGAUGAAAAUAUGAAGGGAACAAAAGGACUGGAGCCAAAACGAAGGAAACUUAAACAGCCUAGAAAAAAGAAAGCCAGUGGCCUGCUCUCCAUGGAAGGAGAACCCAGUGAGGAGUGGCUUGCCCCUCAGUGGAUCUUGGAUACCAUACCCCGCCGCUCACCUUUUGUCCCCCAGAUGGGAGAUGAGAUCAUAUAUUUUAGGCAAGGCCAUGAAGCUUAUGUGAGGGCAGUAAGGAAAGCAAAAAUUUACAGUAUUAACAUGCAAAAGCAACCAUGGAACAAAAUGGAACUCAGGGAACAAGAAUUUGUGAAGACUGUAGGAAUUAAGUAUGAAGUUGGGCCUCCCACGCUCUGCUGCUUGAAGCUUGCAUUCCUAGAUCCAAUCACAGGCAAAAUGACUGGAGAAUCAUUUUCCAUAAAGUACCAUGAUAUGCCAGAUGUUAUUGACUUCCUUGUGCUGCACCAGUUUUAUAAUGAAGCCAAAGAAAGGAACUGGCAAAUAGGGGAUAGAUUUCGCAGUAUAAUCGAUGAUGCUUGGUGGUUUGGAACUGUGGAGAGUCAGCAGCCUUUCCAGGCAGAAUAUCCAGAUAGUUCCUUCCAGUGCUACUCUGUUCACUGGGAUAAUAAUGAAAGAGAGAGGAUGAGCCCAUGGGACAUGGAACCAAUUCCAGAAGGAACUGCUUAUCCAGAGGAGGUUGGUGCUGGAGUUCCUGUGACUCCAGAUGAGCUGACAGCUCUUCUCUACAAACCCCAGGAAGGAGAAUGGGGGGCCCACUCCAGAGAUGAAGAAUGUGAGCGAGUAAUCCGAGGGAUUGAGCAACUUCUUUCCCUUGACAUUUCUAAUCCCUUUGCUGUUCCAGUGGACCUUAGUGCCUAUCCCAUGUAUUGCACUGUUGUUGCUUAUCCAACUGACCUCACCACAAUCAGGAGGAGGCUUGAAAACAGGUUUUAUAGGAGAAUCUCUGCACUGAUGUGGGAGGUACGAUACAUUGAACAUAAUGCCAGGACUUUUAACGAGCCAGACAGUCCCAUAGUCAAAGCAGCCAAAAUUGUAACAGAUGUCUUGCUUCGGUUCAUUGGGGAUCAGAGUUGUACUGAUAUAUUAGAGAUAUAUAACAAGGUGAAAGCAGAAGACCUCAGCAGUACUGAUGAAGAAGAGGAGGUGGCAGAAGUUGAUGUGGAUUCAGAUGCUCCAGGAACUUCCUCUGGCAAAAGACGAGUGAGACGACGAAUAAAAAGACAGCCCAUAAAAGCAAGUCCUGAUGCUUGGAAAGAGCAGUGCAAGCAGUUGCUAAACCUCAUUUAUGAACGAGAGGAUUCAGAGCCUUUUAGACAGCCAGUUGAUCUCUUCUCCUAUCCUGAUUAUCGAGAUAUUGUAGACACUCCUAUGGACUUCAGCACUGUGAAAGAAACCUUGGAAGCAGGAAACUACACUAGUCCCUUGGAAUUCUACAAAGAUAUUCGUUUAAUAUUCUGCAACUCAAAAGCUUACACUCCUAAUAAAAAGUCUCGGAUUUACAGCAUGACACUUCGAUUAUCUGCCUUAUUUGAAAACCAUAUGAAAAAUAUCAUCUCUGAGUACAAGUCAGCAAUGCAAUGUCAGAAGAGGAAAAGGCCACGGUACCGAAAGCGGCUAAGAAGCAGUAGCAGUUCACCCUCAACUAGCAGAGCAUCUAGCCCAAAAGGGAAACAGAAACAAAUGAAGAUCCAACCUAAACCCAACCAGAAUACCUCACUGCCUUUGACAAGGACUAGCUCCUCAGUUUCAUCUCAUGUUUCAGAUACAGCAGAAGAACCUCUGGGUUCAGCCACUGGUGAAGAGAUGGAGGGUCAUCCAUCCUCCUCAGGCUCAAAUGCUCAGAACAGAAGUGGAAAUAGCACUGAUGCAGGGAAAAACAGACCAGUCAGGAGUAAAUCUACACCAGUGAAACAAGAUCACUCUCCUGAUGGGCCCCUUACAAAUGGUGAUGGCAGAGAACCUCGGACAGGAGUCAAGAGGAAGUUGCUGAGUGCAUCAGAAGAAGACGAGCACCUGGAGGAGGGGGAGGAAGAGGAAAAGAAGAAGAGGGAACUGAAGGAAAAAUCUGGUUUGUCUUCAUCAGAAAGCGGGGACUCGGGAUCCAGUUCGAGUUCUGAAAGCAGGAGUGGCUCCGAUUCAGACUCUGAAUCAACAUCCAGAACAGAUCAGGAUUACAUUGAUGGAGACCACGACUACAGCAAAGUUGUGCAGUCCAAAAAACCCAAGCGGAAAAUCAAAAGGAAAAUCACCGGCGGGAAACGGAAUUGGCAAGGCAGAGGGACAGGGAGGAGAGGUAGAUGGGGGAGGUGGGGGAGAUGGAGCAGAGGGGGAAGAGGUGGUAGAGGUGGAAGAGGCUGUGGCAGAGGAAGAGGUGGUGGCAGGGGAGGAAGAAGAGGCCGAGGAGGCAGAGGAGCCUCGCGAGGAGCCACCAGAGCGAAGCGCGCCCGGAUUACGGAUGAUGAAUUUGAAAAUCUGUUUGGGGGACAGUUUGGUGAGAACGUGUUUGGAGGGAGGUUCAGCAGGCCACCUCGAAUCAAAACAAGGAACGAGGGCAGGAGAACUGUCUUGUACAACGACGAUUCUGAUAAUGACAAUUUUGUGCACACCGAGGAUCCUUUGAACCUUGGUACUUCCAGGUCAGGCAGGGUGCGGAAAAUGACAGAAAAAGCCAGGGUCAGCCAUCUCAUGGGAUGGAAUUAUUGACUGAUGAAAAAAAACAAAA